AUGCCUUUCGACAACCACCCGCGGCCGCCGCGGCGCGACUCGUGGUUCGCGCCGCUCUCGGUCGACCUCCUCGUCAAGGUGCUCGAGGCCACUCUCCUGCACCCCUUUGUGUGCUGGAUGAUUCCGCUGUGCCUGCGGGCGCGGGCGAUGCGGUGGGACGCGCCGCCCAUGGUCGCGUGGGCGGCGUGGGCGGCGCUGGUGACGCUGGCGUGGGCGGCGGGCGCGGCCAACCGGCGCGUCGCGUACGGCCCGCCGCGCGAGGUGGACCUGGGCGAGGAGGUGAUUGUGGUGACGGGCGGCGCGAGCGGCCUGGGCUUGCUGGUGGCCGAGGUGUACGGCAUGAGGGGGGCCAGCGUGGCGGUCCUCGACGUCGAGGACAUGGAGAACGGGGAGGCGAGGGGCGUGACGUACUACCGGUGCGACGUGGGCGACAAGCAGGCUGUUGCGAGGGUGGCGGCCGAGAUUGAGCGAGACCUGGGACCGCCCACGGUGCUCGUCAACAACGCCGCCGUCGUCGUCGGCAAGACCCUCCUCAACCUCACCCUGGACGAGAUCGACGCCAGCCUGUCCACCAACCUCCUCGGCCCGUUCUACUGCCUCAAGGCCUUCCUGCCGGCCAUGAUCCGCGGCGGCCGCGGCGGCACCAUUGUCAACGUGUCCUCCGUCAUCGGGCACCUCGGCGCCGCGCAGCUGACCGACUACGCGGCCGCCAAGGCCGGGCUGACGGCCCUGCACCGCUCCCUGACGGCCGAGCUGCGGCAGACGCACCCGGGGAUCCGCACGGUGCUCGUCACGCCGGGGCAGCUGAGCACGCCCCUGUUCCACGGGGUGCAGACGCCGAGCCGCUUCCUCGCGCCGGUGGUGGAGCCCGUCGACGUGGCCAGGGACCUCAUCGCCGCCAUCGACGGCGGCCAGGGCGCCGCGGUCGGCAUGCCCCUGUACGCGCGGUGGGUGGACUGGUACAACGUCUUGCCGGCGGGCGUGCAGGUCAUGGCGAGGGCGGUGUCGGGCGUGGACGAGGGGAUGAGGACGUUUAUCGGGAGGCGGGGGAUGGAGGCGGAUGCCAAGGGCAAGCGGACGUGA